AGGAGUAGUGAACUACGUGUGAUUAAACUAGUGGUUUAACUACAUUGUAUCAGUAGCUUGCUGUUAGCUCAACUAUAUUCAUAUUUGCAUAGUGGUCCCCUACCUGGACUCUAGUUUCUGGAAGAAAGGUGUCUGACUGAUGGACAUUGGAUACAAAACCAAAGAUGACAUUCCUUACACUUUCCCAUGAAUAGUGUUUUUUCUUUUUUUCUUUUGUUUUGAUUUGUUUGUUUUGUUUAUGUAUGACUUGUGAACAAGUAGGCACUUCCUGCAAUACAUUCAAUUGAGUGGCAUUUUUUUUUAUUAUAUUUUGUUAUAAUUUCGUAUCAGUAGCUUUAGUUAACCAAACUUGAUAUCUCCCUCAGGUAGCUUUGCUGUAGUUCAACUUUUUCCAGUGUGAAUUAAAUGGGAGUUCGCAAAGCGAUGCUUUCAAAAUAGCUCACCCAACCAACACUGGCAACAUAAUAUUCUGUAUUAUAAAACAGAGCUAGUUCUCUCUUGCAUGCUUUCUCCUUCUUUCUCUCUCAGCUCGAGGAGAUACGAACUCUACCCGUCCGGCUCCAGUGCACCCCCAGCCACUCCCAUCUUAACGGAACCCAAUGUGGUGCUGCUAACCGUGAAUGAAGUUCAGUCACCCCAGAAUGUUCAAUCACACCGCAGCUACAAUCGCUUCGGUGUGCCCAGUCAGAGUGCCUUCUUUUGCAGGAACAACCCACAAACCCAAAGAGUGCAGCUAAUAAAGGGCAAGUGAGCAAUGACUGUCUCCCUCUGUUUGGUUUGUUGAAGGCCAGAAUGAUGAUGACGAUGACAAUGAUGACGACGAUGAAGUUUCCCCUACCAAACAUACUCCAGGCAGUCAGUUAAUUCCCCUCUCAUCUUUCAUCAGGUAUCCAUGGCAAGCCCGUCUGUUGGGUCAAUGACAUGACGCUCGGCCACCAGCCGACCAUUUGCCUGGGCCGACCCUUGACCCCAGAGAGCAGCCUGAUUCUCAGCGGGAAGAUCCCAGCUUCAGCCAUCGGCACCAACAGCAAUGCCCUGCCCAUCAACACCCUCACCGGCCUGCAGUUCUUCCCCCUCAAGCAGAUGGACUCACCUAUGCUCAAACUGUUAACGGGUGCAUGGAUAGAUGAACUGAGAGACCUGACAGAGAGGGUUGGACUUAUUUUGCCAAGCAUGAGCUGUAGAGGCACCUCCCCCUGCAGAAGCCCACUGCUGGCGUGCAGCGACAACGACAUCAAAAUACAGCUGAUGCUGAUUGACAUCCUGUGUCAGAUCCUAGAGGUAAAGUCCAUCAUAGAGGUGCAACAGUGGUUACUGACUGCAGGGAAAAGAGAGAAGGACCACAUAGUAAGCCUGCUGUCCAAUGCCUUGGCUAAGCAACCACCUCAGCUGUCAGCCAAUGAGGUGUCAGCACAGGAAAAGCGUACUGGGAAGCAGGUGCCUUCAGCCACCAAGAUGUCAACUCUGAAUGAAGAAGAGACCCAGGCCUGCAGAGAUCCAUCACCUGAGGCUUUAAAUGAAGGACGUACAGUGACUUGGGGCAGUCAGAGCCCCUCCAGGCCUAAGAGUCGCCUCUCCAGGCCUCAGAGUCGCCUCUCCAGCCCAGCCGUCUGCCACCUCCAGUCUCCUCAAAGGCCCGUGCUGCGCUACACCAAACGGACCGUCACCCCACAGGUCCCUCCAGCGGGCAGGAGUUUCCAGGAGCAGUGGUGCAACUACAGCCAGCAGAGCCACACCACCUGA